UCAAAGUAACUUCAAGUUGGAAUUUUAUCUACGUGAUGAUUUAAUUAAUUCUCUUCUUUUUACUCAAAAUGACACCGUUAUAAUAUUCAAACCGAACCUCGAAGCUGUUCUUUAUCUAUUAAGAAUAUACAUUUGUGAACAAACGUACAUUAGGUGUCGGUAUAAUGGAUAUUCCAGCUGCGGAAGGAAAUCUGUUGGAGCAACCUAAGGAGGAGACAAUUCCAGUCCGUAACCCACUAAUUAAGAUGCGGACGUACGUGCUGGCGUUGCGGCCGUGGUCGCUGAGCGCGAGCCUGCUGCCGACGCUGCUGGGCGCGGCGCUGGCGUACCGGCUGCCGGGCGACAGCGCCUUCAGCUGGCCCGCGCUGCUGCUCACGCUGUGCACCGUCAUCCCCGUGCACGGCGCGGGAAACGUCGUCAACACAUACUUCGACUUCGUCAAAGGAAUUGAUAACCGCAAAUCGGACGAUAGAACUUUAGUUGAUCACAUACUCAGUAUCGAUGAAGUGGUUUCGUUGGGCGCAAUAUUGUACUUGGGCGGAUGCGUGUUUUUUGUUCCGCUAGUGAUGCUUUCUCCGGCUCGAAUGGAACAUUUGGCUUUAGUGUACUUUGGCGGUUUAUCAUCUUCUUUUCUUUACACAGGUGGCAUUGGCUUGAAAUAUAUAGCCCUCGGAGACAUUCUAGUGCUUGUAAUAUUUGGGCCUGUGUCUGUAGUGUUUGCGUUUUUGGUUCAAACUGGAAGAGUAGAUUGGCCAAUAAUCUACUAUGCUAUACCAUUGGCAUUAAACACGGAAGCAAUUUUACACAGCAACAACACGAGGGAUUUGGAAACUGAUUGUAAAGCUGAAAUAGUUACUUUAGCGAUAUUGAUUGGAAGAACAUCUUCCUAUUUACUGUAUGCAUUUUUACUAUUCACUCCAUACAUAAUGUUUGUAGUUGCAUCUGUGCGUUGUUCAUUUUGGUUUUUACUUCCAAUGUUGACAUUACCUAGAGCUUUUGAAAUUGAAAGAAGGUUUAGAAGCCCUGAUACAAUGAGAUGUGUUCCAAGACAAACUGCUAGGCUCAACUUUUACUUUGGAAUGCUGUAUGUAAUUUCAUGUCUUUUUGGUAGCAGGCUUCCAUUUCUUCUACGGUAAAAGUAAAUUAAAGUUGUGGCAAUCUGUACUUAGGAAAGAAUUGUUGCAUAAUGAUUGUAUUAGUUGUCUUUUGAGGCUGGUGGAAUCUCAAAUAUUGCUAUAUGGUGUAUGUGUGCACAUAAUUGUUUAGUAUGAGCUUUACUAUUUCUAAAAUAGUGUUCUUUCUCUCUUUUUUAUGGUUGUGCUUUAUUCAUCUAAUUAUGUAAGGGGGUUUUCUAUAUAAAUCGAGUAUUCCAUAAAAAAAAUAGGGUAUUCUAGAUUUAUGUAUUCAAUACAAAUUAAGGAUAAGUCAUCAUACAUUAUAUUUUUUAAGGCGUGUACCAAACAUAUCAAUGGUGAAUAGAGAGCAUAAAUAAUUUAGUUUUGUGUUAAUGUUCUUGUUAGCUUGACUUGUAUUAACAUUAUUCAUGUGUAGUUGAGGUAUUGAUAGGCAGCUGCUGAUAGCCUUUUAUACUCAUGUAAAGCAUAAAAUAUAGAAAUGUGUCUUAUGUUUAUUGCUUUACAGUAGCAAAUAGUUCAGUAACCUGAUUUGAAUCUGGUUACGAAAAUUCUACACAUGGAUACAAUAACUACCUCCUAUUUUAAGUUUAAGAUUAUAUUGUUAAGGGAAGAAAGUUUCACAUGAAAAAUGACUUGUUCGUGAUAUAUUGCGCACAUUUGAUAGAAUCUGGAUAUAAGUAUGGAUGAAUUGACAAUAAUUUAUUUUAAGUGUUUACAUUGGUUUAAAGCAAAUAUAUAUUUAAUAUUUAUA